UCGGAUUUCAUUCCAAGUUUGAUGGGUUCUGGAUAGAAUGAAAGAAUCAUGUGUACGUGCUUUCCGAAGUCACUCAACUCUGACAAACCCGUAUUUGGUUAGCAACAUCUAUCUCGCUGUGAAAAAAAUAAUCCAAUUAAUUUUUCGCCAAUUAGAAUAAAAAUCACUGCGCAGUUUUAGCUUCCCAUUAGUUGUUCUUAGACUCGCAACAGACACGGACUUCGAGUCAGAAGGUUCAAAAUGAAGUUUACACUACUAACGAUUUUAAGCUGUUGCUUCGUAUUCGCUUGUGCAAAGCAGCAAGCAAAAAAGUUUGUUUAUGCUAAAAAAUUUGAUGGCUUACCAAAAGUCAGUGAUUUUCAAUUGGAAGAAGAAACGUUGCCAGAGCUGAAAGAUGGAGACGUUUUGGCCGAGGCAUUGUUUUUAAGUGUGGAUCCGUAUAUGCGAUCGUUUGGCGAAUUUCUUCCAGCUGGUAUGGGAAUCACGAUGCCCGGCGGUCAAGUUGCAAAAAUAAUUGAAUCGAAAAAUGCGGAUUAUCCAAAAGAUGCCAUUAUUUAUGGAUCAUUAGGUUGGCGCACGCACACAGUUUUCAAUCGCAAUGUUACACAAGAUCCGUACUCAAUUCCAACAUACAUUUUGCCAUCGUUUGCCGAUCUUCCUCGCAGUCUCGGCCUUGGAACAUUGGGUAUGCCAGGUAAUACGGCUCAAUUUGGUUUAUUAGAAAUAAUUCAACCUAAAGCGGGUGAGGUUCUGGUGGUUUCUGGAGCAGCUGGAGCCGUUGGUAAUUUGGUGGGUCAAAUUGCCAAAGCAAAAGGAUGCAAAGUUAUUGGCAUUACCGGUAGCGAUGAAAAAUGUAAAUGGCUUACAAAUGAUUUAGGUUUUGAUCAUGCUAUCAAUUAUAAAAACGAGUCGGUGAACGAUGUUUUGAAGAAGUAUGCACCACAGGGUGUUGAUUGUUACUUCGAUAAUGUUGGCGGUGAAAUCAGUUCAACCGUUAUAAAUCAGAUGCGAGAUUUUGGCCGGAUCGCUGUAUGUGGAUCGAUUUCAUCGUACAAUUUACCAUUCGGUCAAUGGCCACAAGCCACAAUCAUACAGCCAACAGUCGUUUUCAAACAAUUGAAAAUGGAGGGCUUUCUCGUUCAACGCUACUGGUCGAAAUGGUUCGAUGGCAUUGCACAGUCGAAACGGUGGAUUGACGAAGGCAGAUUGAAAUAUCAUGAAACAAUUACCGAAGGAUUUGAAAAUAUGCCACAGGCAUUCAUUGACAUGCUUCAAGGUAAAAAUUUCGGAAAAGCUGUGGUCAAAGUUUAGAUUGAAAAUAAUGAAAUAAGUGGAAUAAAGGUUAAAACGACUCAUUUGUUUGAAAAUUAUUUUAUUAAAAUAUUUGAAAGUAUAAAAAAUGAAUUUUUUUUUGUUGAAAAUGAAUA